AUGAGCCAAAGAAAAGGCGACAUCAUCUCGCGCCGUGUCCAGGUGUCGUUCCAGCUACCUGCGCUAAACCGCCAAACAAGUCCUUCGGCCCGCCGCCCAUGCGCCGCAGCGGUAACUGACAUCUCGUUGUCUCAUUCCCAUCUGUGCUUGCUCUCGCCUCGUCCAAUCUUUCCUUUCUUUUUCUACCUUUAUUCCCCUACAUGUCAUUGCCAGGAUAUUGAUACACCAACUCGCCAACCCCAUCGCCCUCCUGAACCCCAACCAACACUUGCUGCAGACGAGACAAACUUGCCUCCCUUUUCGAGCCCGAGACUCCAUCCUGAGAAACUCUUUGAAACUAUUUCGGAAGACGCCGUGAACCGCACAGUUGUUUCCGGCGUGACUCCUUCUCUCUAUCUCUACAACUCCCAAUCCGUAACGUCCCCACAAAAGUACCGUCAUCUUGACCCCCCGGGUGUGUGUCUGUCUGUCUCCCAACGUAUUAAGACCGCCCAGCAUCAUCUCAUCGUAAGCCACGCAGUCUCUUGGUCUCUCCCUCCAACCAAAUAG